UCGUAGAAUUAUGAAUGAUUACGAAUACGAUGACUUUGCACAAUUAUGAAUAUAAUAAAAAUAUAAAAAUUUGUGUAAUUUACCGUCAAAGGAAGAGUCCACUUAGAUAUGAUUUCCAUUUAAAGUUAUGAACUAUAAACCGAUCAAAUAAAUAACAUAUAGUAUUUUAUUUUCAGGACUUCGUAUUCUAACCUACAUAUUAUUAAAUAAUUUAUACAUUAUCACCAUGAGCUUAAAAUUAUAUAUUGAUUUAUUAUCACAGCCAAGUAGAGCUUUAUAUAUUUUUUUGAAAGUUUGCAAUGUACCAUUUGAAAGUAAAAUAAUAAAUUUGGGUAAAAUGCAGCAUCUUACUGAAGACUACCAAAAGAUUCAUCCGUUUCAGCAAGUUCCUGCUAUAGACCACAAUGGUUUCAAAGUCUUUGAAAGUGGUGCAAUAUUAAGAUAUAUCACCAGAGAAUUUAAUACACCCGAUCAUUGGUAUCCCAAGGAUUCAAAGUCCCAGGUCAAAGUUGAUGAAUACCUUGAGUGGCAUCACCUCAAUACCAGACUUCAUUGUGCCUCCUAUUUUCGCCAAAAGUAUUUGAUGCCAAUGAUAACUGGCCAACCAGCAGUGCCUGAAAAAAUAGUGUCUUACGAAAAACAAUUAAUUAAAUGUCUCAAUGAUUUAGAGAAGAUUUGGUUAAAUAAUACGCCAUAUUUAGUGGGCUCUGAAAUCAGUAUCGCUGACAUUCUUGGCUCGUGUGAGAUUGAACAACUCCGAGUUACUGGAUUCAAUCCCUAUGAAGGCAGAUCACGAUUAGCUGCUUGGAUGAAAAGAGUUGCAGAUGAAACAAGUCCUCAUUACCAAGAAGCCCAUAUGUUGUUGGAUAAGCUGGUAAAGAAAACAGAAGAGGGCAUGUUAAAAAGCAAGUUUUAAUAUAUAAUAUAAAUAAGUGGACAGGUAAACAAAUACAUAUACAUUUAUAUAUAUAAAAUUUUACAUAUUAGAAGUAUUUGUGCAUAGAACAAUAUUUUUUGAUAAAUAAAUAUUUUUAUUUGAA